GACGCAAACAAUCAGCGAAAAUGCGAUACGUUAAAUCGAUCGCUCGCAUCACGGUUUUGUUCUUUGCCUGUAGGAUCCUUAGGGCAUCUGAACCAAUGUGUUUGUCACGUUUUGACUACGACGAGAAAAUGUUGCUUAAAAUACUGAGAUUUGAAGACGCUCUUGAGAAGUUCGACAAGAAGAUUUCCGACAUUGUUGAUAUGUUUGACAACAACGAAAGAAAGAGGAACAGUGAAACAAAGGAAGCAGUGGAUAAAGCGAAAUUAGAUGUGAAGCAGAUAAUGGAACACAUACAACAAAACAUUUCAAAUGUGCUUAUACACGACUCAAGAAAUAUUCGAACGCAGUUGCAGGAAGUAGAAACACUCAGAGCUAAGAUGAGAGAAGAGCUGAAGUGUAAAGAGCAACCACAGGUUAUGUUUAAUGCCCGUGUCCUGUCUGGCGAUUAUACCUUUGUAAGAAACCAAGACGUUGUAUUCAAAGAAGUCCUGAUCAGCGAAGGUGGAGGCUAUAACUCUAACACGGGUCACUUCACGGUGUCCAUACCUGGAGUUUACAUGUUCAAUGUACAGAUUUGCUCUCUACAUGAGCAGAAUUCUUGGUUUGAACUUGUUCAUAAUGGCAGUCCACUUCAGAAAUCAGCACAUUUUGGUGGAAAAGGUUGGAACACGUGCGUAGAUAUGCAAGCCUAUGCUAAAAUUGCCUUGGGAGGCAAGGUCUGGGUGCGGAGUACAUCUAAUAGUAGGAUGUAUGCUGAUACCGACAGAUGGAACACCUUUGCUGGGAUGUUAAUUCGCAUCUAAAAAAAAUAGUAACGAUUUGCUAAAAUUGUGAAUAUAGUCAUAUAUAAUAACAUAUAUUUUGAAUUAUGGUUAUGUCUCUUAAGUAAAUCGACAAACACACAGUGUUACACUCUGUUCGUACUAAGAAUCGAUAGUUAUGAUAGUCGAACCAAUUUAUUGAUAUUCAUUCAUGUUCAGUCCUUCAUCCGAGAAAGUCAUAGAUGUUAACGUUACUUCAUCUAAAAAACAAACCAUAUUCUGCUAAAGGUGCCCCGUCCAGCAACUACUUCUUAUAUUUUCGCAACUUCUUAAAUUCUUAAACACUACGACUUUGAUAUUGUUUUUACUAAGUUUAGCAUAUUACAAAUUUACGCAGAUAAAUGCAAAGUUAUUGCCUUUGAUAUCUAAAGCUGUAUUAUAAUGAUCCACAUUUUGUAUCAUAACUUGUAUCAUUAAUACACUGUAUACUAAUACCUACGAAUAAUCUAUACUUGUCAUUGUUUUGUAAUUCCGUUAUAUUGUAAUUAAAAUUCUACGCCUCUA